AUGCCAGAAACAGGUCAAAAAAACGUUCAAACAAGAAGUCAAGCGAGGGCACCACCCAACUUCGAAGGCGACGACAUGAAGGAAUAUAUUAAAUCAGAAGUUGAAAAAUAUUUUGGUUCAGUGGCGUUUCAGGAUUCGCUACGCGAAUUUAUUACCGAUUCAGUAAAAAUGGCGUGUAAAAAUCUUGUCGAAAGUAUAGUUGUGCCAAUUAAAGAUGAAAUCCAAGCCUUGAAAACAGAACUUAUCGAAGUUAAGCGAAAAUGCAACGACAAUGAGCAAUAUUCGAGGCGUUCAAGCGUUAGAAUUUAUGGCAUUCCCGAGGGGCCCAAAGAAAAUUGCAUAAAGAAAGUGUGUGAUUUCUUUCAGAAAGAAAUGGAUUUGGCGUUUGCAGAAGAAGAUAUUGAUAGAACCCAUCGUGUAGGCAAGAAAAAUCGAGAUGGAAACCGCGCCAUGAUUGUAAAGUUCAAAGCUUAUGACAGCAAAAGGUCCGUCAUGAAAGUAAAAAAAGCUAGAUUAAGUAAUAAAACCUUUUCUGUCUACGAGGACCUCACGUUCUUAAAUCGAAAACUUUUGUAUCUGGCAAGAAACGAGUACAAGGAAACUCCUGUGUGGACGAUAGACGGUAGGGUCCUUGUAAAUAUGGAUGGUCGUGUUCAACCUUAUGUCCCAACGGUUAACAUUUAUACUUGGUUACAAUCACCUAGUUCAUGA